AGCUCUUGUGGUGGACAUCUUCUUGCAACAUGCGCGAUCAUCCGGAAUGGCAAAAGGCCCAACGAGGCGAGCUCUAUCAUGCUUUUGUCCCCGAGCUCAUCGCCGCCCGAGACCGAUGCAAGCAAGCUUGUGACAAGUUGAAUACCUCCCAGUCGCCCACGCGGCGCAGAGUCAUCGAACUAUGGAGAGAGUAGGUGAGCGAGAGAUACGCCGCAUGUGCACAAGUCUCUUGAGGCAUGGUCUUAUGUCUGCCUCACAGAAUCACCAGCGACACUCGCCCCCUUCCACCGCCGCAGCGUUCUUUGGUAGAAGACGACAAGCUCUUCGAAAAGGAGCCCUGGAUCUGCGGCCCAAUUCACGCCGAUUACGGCUUCAACAUUAUUCUGGGUCAAGGGGCGCAAUUGAAUUUCAACUCCACUUUCAUUGACACUUGCCCCAUCCGCAUUGGAGCCCGCACCUUGGUCGGGCCGAAUUGCAGCUUCUAUUCCGGGACUCAUCCUCUUGAUCCGGCGCUCAGGAAUGGUACCAACGGUCCUGAACUUGGGAAAGAGAUCAACAUUGGCGAAGACUGCUGGCUGGGAGGAAACGUUGUCGUCUUGCCCGGGGUUACGAUAGGGCGAGGUAGCACCAUUGGCGCCGGAAGUGUGGUGACAAAGGACAUCCCUGCUUUCCAUGUCGCGGCCGGCAAUCCUGCCAGGAUUUUGAGAAAGAUCCAAACUACGAUGGAUCCGAGUCAAGCUGACUCUAGAGCGGUAAAGGAAGACGGGGAGCAGGGAGCGGAAGGCGUGAUGUCUGCGCGAUAGAUAUUCUACCGAAGUCUGAUAAAGGCUGCUUCCACCAUCUCCGGUUCUUAUCCUGCAUCGUAUUUGCUGGAUUCUGGGGACGGCGGUUUAGGUCUUCACCACAACUCGGUCCUUCGUGUCCGACAUCAUCCAAGCUUGGGCGAGGUCGAAUAUACAUGCGUGGUUCUGGAUCUUGCGCAAGACCUGCUGUUGCACCAUCCUCUCUCGUUCUAAACAACCUGGUUUGUCAAACCAUAAGACCAAAUCUUUCAUCCACUGGCCACU